AUGGAGGUGGCCCUGGUAGACUUUGAGAGCCUGGACCUGAACGGCAGCCUGGAGGAUGAGGUGGACACCUAUGCGGAUGAGACCACAGCUCUCACGGUGGACAUGCCCCCGGAGCACAGCAGCCCAGACAGCAGCUACCUUCUGCGAGCCACUCAGCUGUCCUCUACGCCCUCCCACCACAGUCAAGUACCCUCCUUCAUGUGGGAAUCCACCUCAUCUUCACCCACUCCACAUACACAGACACUCGGAGUACCCCAGUCCCCCACCAUGCCAACUCCAAGCAGACAGGGGCGCAGCAGCUGCGCCAGUAUGAUCUCCAACUGGAAGUUGCUGCUAAGCAGUGAGGGCACGAAGGAGAGUGAGACCAUCUUCAGCCGGCUUGCUAAGGAGUGCUGCGAGGAUCUUUUUGUGGAUAAACGAGGGCUUGAUGACGGAGACCAGAAAGUCAUCAUCAACAUUGCCGGUCUUCGUUUUGAGACCCAGCUCAAGACAUUGGACCAGUUUCCUGAGACACUGCUAGGAGAUCCUUUUAAGAGGAUGGACUACUUUGAUCCGAUGAGGAACGAGUACUUCUUUGAUCGCAACCGACCCAGCUUCGACGGGAUCUUGUAUUACUACCAGUCAGGCGGUAAGAUCAGGCGUCCAGCUAACGUUCCCCUGGAUGUGUUUGCGGAUGAAAUUUUGUUCUAUGAGCUCGGAAGUGAGGCCAUGGAGCAGUUCAGAGAAGACGAAGGAUUCAUAAAGGACGUUGAGAUCCCUCUACCUGAUAAUGAUGUGUACAGGCAAUUCUGGCUGCUGUUUGAGUACCCAGAGAGCUCAAAUGCAGCCCGAGGUGUAGCACUGGUGUCUGUUUUUGUUAUUGUCAUAUCCAUCAUUAUUUUCUGCAUGGAAACGCUGCCAGAAUUCAGAGAUGACACUGAUCCAAUUGUGCCCACGGCGGUACAGCCUUUCAACCAAUCUAGAGUUUACACUUCCGUCAAACCGUCUGGUGUGAAGCCUACGACUUUCUCUGAUCCCUUCUUCAUCAUUGAGACUGCCUGCAUUGCGUGGUUCUUCUUUGAGCUGUGUGUGCGAUUUUUGGUCUGCCCUAGCAAAAAGGAGUUUUUCCACAACCUCAUGAACAUGAUCGACAUUAUAUCCAUCAUCCCAUACUUUGUUACCGUGGUUACAGAAAUGGUCACGACACCACAAGAGAGCUCGGGACAGAACAUGUCCUUGGCCAUUCUGCGUAUCAUCCGUCUGGUCAGGGUGUUUCGCAUAUUUAAACUCUCCCGUCACUCCAAGGGGCUGCAGAUCCUCGGACAGACUCUGAAGGCCAGCAUGCGCGAGCUUGGCUUGCUCAUCUUCUUCCUCUUCAUCGGAGUCAUCCUCUUCUCCAGUGCUAUCUACUUUGCCGAGGUGGACGAGCCCAACACGCAAUUUGUCAGCAUACCUGACGGCUUCUGGUGGGCUGUGGUCACCAUGACCACUGUAGGCUACGGGGACAUGUGUCCCAUCACCAUGGGGGGUAAAAUGGUGGGCACCUUGUGUGCCAUCGCUGGUGUGCUGACCAUCGCUUUGCCCGUUCCCGUCAUCGUUUCCAACUUCAACUACUUCUACCACCGAGAGACGGAAGCAGAGGACAAGUUGCCCUUGGCAGAUGCUGUUGAACAAGCAAUGAAUGCUGAGACCAGUACCAAAGAAGGUAGCAACACCUCGCUCAAUAAAGCCAACGGCAUCUGGCAGAGUAGCAAAGUGAAAUAA